UUCAUUCUGCGGUCUUUCUUUUCUCUCUCUCUCCAAUAUAUGGUUGAUCAAUUCCAGAAUCCCAACAAAAAAAACUGAGUCUCUUCCCUUACCUUCUAGAGAGACAAAAAAAAAAAAAAACAGAGAGAAAUAAGGCAUAAACAGCACGUACAGAUAUCAAUUGCCAGAUUAGUAUAGAGAGAAGGCGAUCUGAUCCAUCUCUAUUUAAAUUUAAGUAAAAUAAAAAAAAAUAUGGGCACACUCCAGACAUGGCGAAAAGCCUAUGGCGCUCUCAAAGAUUCCACCAAAGUCGGUCUUGCUCAUGUCAACAGCGAUUAUGCGGAAUUGGACGUGGCCAUAGUCAAAGCAACUAACCACGUUGAGUGUCCUCCAAAAGAGCGCCAUCUUAGAAAAAUCUUGGCUGCUACGUCAGCGAUUCGGCCUCGAGCUGAUGUUGCUUAUUGCAUUCAUGCUCUUUCCCGCCGAUUGGCCAAAACCCAUAAUUGGACGGUAGCUUUGAAAAUACUGAUUGUGAUCCAUAGAUUAUUAAGAGAGGGUGAUCCUACUUUCAGAGAAGAACUUCUGAAUUUCUCUCAGAGAGGGCGCAUCCUCCAACUUUCUAAUUUCAAGGAUGAUUCAAGUCCUAUUGCUUGGGAUUGUUCUGCUUGGGUGCGUACAUAUGCACUUUUUUUGGAGGAACGACUUGAAUGCUUUAGAAUUCUAAAGUAUGAUAUUGAAGCAGAGCGUCUUCCAAGACCUGCCCAAGGGCAGGAUAAGCAGGGCUACAGCCGAACUAGGGACUUAGACAGUGAAGAUCUGCUUGAACAGUUGCCUGCUUUACAGCAAUUGUUGUAUCGUCUCGUUGGCUGCCGGCCAGAAGGCGCUGCGGUUGGCAAUUAUGUUAUACAAUAUGCUCUGGCUUUGGUAUUGAAGGAGAGCUUUAAAAUAUAUUGUGCUAUUAAUGACGGGAUCAUCAAUCUUGUGGAUAAGUUUUUUGAGAUGCCAAGACAUGAAGCAAUCAAAGCCCUUGAUAUCUACAAACGAGCCGGUCAGCAGGCUGGUAACCUUUCUGAUUUCUAUGACAUUUGCAAAGGAUUAGAACUUGCUAGGAAUUUCCAGUUUCCUGUUUUGAGAGAGCCUCCACAAUCCUUUCUUACAACUAUGGAAGAGUAUAUCAGAGAGGCACCACGUGUUGUUUCUGUUCCUAGUGAGGCAUUGCUUCAAUUGACAUACAGACCAGAAGAAGGUCCUUCUGAAGAUGCCAAAUCAUCCGGCGAUGAACUUGAGCCACCUCCUUCAGAUGAUGUUGCUGUCUCCAAUGUUGAGAUCGCCCCUCCUGUUCCUACAACCGCUCCUCAGAACAGCAUAGACACUGGAGACUUGCUGGGAUUGGAUUAUGGAACUCCUAAUGCAUCUACCAUUGAGGAAAGCAAUGCUUUGGCUCUGGCUAUAGUUCCUUCUGAAUCAGAUGUUGCACCGACAUUUAACUCUGUUGCUGGUCAAGCAAAAGAUUUUGAUCCUUCUGGAUGGGAACUUGCCCUGGUCACUACUCCAAGCAGCAAUAUUUCUGCCACUAAUGAGAGGCAAUUGGCUGGCGGCUUGGACUCGCUCACUCUGAACAGUUUGUACGAUGAAGGAGCAUAUCGAGCUGCCCGGCGGCCUGUUUAUGGAGCGCCAGCCCCCAAUCCAUUUGAGAUACAAGAUCCAUUUGCUUUGUCGAACAGCAUUGCUGCCCCUCCUUCAGUCCAAAUGGCAGCAAUGACUCAACAGCCGCACAAUCCUUUUGGUCCAUAUCAACCUACCUACCCACAACCACAGCAUCAACAAAAUAUGAUGAUGAGCCAUGCAAAUCCUUUUGGUGAUGCAGGGUUUGGCGCAUUUCAUGCACAUCCUAUGGCACAUCCUCAGACUAAUAAUCCCUUCGGAAGCACAGGCCUUCUGUAAUCAUUUGUUUUUGAGGAUUUGAGGAGUGUGAUCUAGAUGGUGCAUCAUUAUACAUAAAUUGGAAACGAAGCACAAGAGUGAUGGUUUGCGGCUUGGAUCGUAAAUUGGAUUGGGUUGUAAAAGUUGGGUGAAUUUGUAUUAUGCGACAACUAGUUGAUACGGAUCCAAAUAAUCUCAUAGUUAAUUUUUGAAAUCCCACCGUUGUAUGAUUGUAGAUUUAUUGUAACUCAUGAUUGUAAUUACUUUAUGUUGAAAUCCCGAUAGAGGACUUUUGGCCUGGCUUCUUAUA